AUGGCUUCUGGAUAUGGCGCCGCCCAGUCGUACUGGGGAUUCUUACCGGCACGAGGCCCAAGUGGAGUCACUGAUGACUAUUUAUUCAAGACACUUGUCUCAAUCGGUAUCUUUCGAUGCCCCCAUUAUGUGGUUGUGUCGUCUGAAGUCUACAACAACACCAAAGGGACACGUGGAAGGGACACCCAAGGGACACGGGAGGGAGACCGAUACCCUCCUGUACCACCCUGCCACCGGAGGGUACCCUCCUGUACCACCCUGCCACCGGAGGGUACCCUCCUGUACCACCCUGCCACCGGAGGAUACACCGACAGUAUCCUAGCACGGCAGGACCGUAGUAGGGAAUCACCGGCAGCGAGGACUCUAAAUUCCAUGCUUACGCAAAGCCAGUCGUCCCCCCAGCAGCCAGGGAUGGUGUUGGGCAGUGGGCUGCAGCAGGGAAGCUUCUUUAAGCAGCCCCUCGCACAAUUGUGUCCGGUCGUACUGUGCCGAAUAAACCCUCCGUACAAGACGCCCAAAGCCAGGCGCGAAUUUUACCGCGCGGAUGCGCGCGUGCGAAUCCCGAAAUGCGCGCGUACAAGUGUAUGUAAUUUGUUUGGCGAAAGGCUGCGCUGUGCCAGCGUGCUGCGCCGGAGGGCAUGGUGGCCACAGCCGCACGCGGCAAGCAGGCCCCGACGAAUGGGUGGCUGUUUUGACGUAACUGAAAGCAUACAACUUUGCUUGCAAGACCGGGGUCAUGGAACAGCCGCGGGAAGAGGAAGCGUCUGGCGAAGCGGCACUUUCCGAAAAGAAGAGGCGCCUGCUUUUGGCAGCGCAACGCAAACAGCACCCUGUUCCGACUAA